AUGGCUGAUCUGAGCCGGAGCUCAAAUUUAGAGGAGGACCCCUUACAUGCUUACUCAGGUCUGUCGUUGUUUCCUCGUACGCUGAAAUCCUUGUCGAAUCCUCUUCCUCCUCCCAAUUAUCAAUCAGACGAUCUGCAGCAGACUCACACUCUCCUUGAAUCUAUGCCUUUUGAAAUUCAACAAGAGCAUCAGGAGCAGGCAAAGGCUAUCUUAGGUGAAAGCUCAGAGCUUUUAAAGCAAGGCACUGGAACCAGUGUAGCAUCCGAAGAUGCGAAUAAAGGUGUGAAGAACAACAAACGAGAAAGAAGACCUGCAUUAGAACGUGAGCGGAAACACUUUACUCUCAAGGCUCCGACAAGUCAACAACCUCAAAAUGAACCAACCUUUGAUGCUAGUAAAUAUCCAAAACCUGACGAUUUCUUUGCUGCGUACGAAAGAUAUCAAAAUGCCCAUCGAGAAUGGGAGAAGCAGACUGGCGCCGUUGUAACAGAUACACACCAGAACCAGCCAUCAAAGCCUCCUCGCAGACCCGAAAUUCCAGGGAGAAAACGGGGUUCAUACAAGAAUACUUAUACGGAUAGUUAUUUCACUGACCUGAAUACUUCAGAAAAGGAAAACCCCAUUCCUUCUGAACAAAGCUUAGAGAGGACCGCAGCUGCACAUGAUACGACUGCGGACAGAGAAGUAGAUGAUUCAACCGUAGACGCAGACAAGAACUUAAAGAAUAUUUUGACUGAGUUGCUUUCUUGCUCUCCGGAUGAGCUUGAGGGGGAUGCUGGUGUCAAGCUUUUGAAUGAACGCUUGAAUAUCAAACCCGUUGAUAAAGAAAUGCUUUCCUUCCCUGAAGUUCCUGACUUUCCAGAUGUUAGAAGAAUGGACUUGAAGGCAUCUGGAAGGAACCCAUCAAACCAAAGGACUGCGCUGUCAAAUAUACAGAAUUUGCCAAAAGGGAUCAAUAGUGAUGCAGCUCGAAAAGAUAGCAUGUCAUCAUCAUCAAUUCCACCAGAGGAUCACAUUUCAGUUCCUGAGAGUCAUUAUUUGGUUCCAGGAGAUCGACAGUCUAGAGAGGUUGAUUUAGUAAAGGAUUUGAAUGCCGGUUUCAGAUCUUCAGUGGCCAACAAUGUCGAUAAAGUUAUAACUAGUGCAUCCCCGUCUAAUUUGGACACCUCAUACGUCGCCAGCGAUUUUAACAGCUCUGUGCAGAAGAGUUCCUGUAAAGAUGGUUCUGAUACUCAUUCUGGCAUCCAUAGAUCUCAUUCAGGUCCAGUUGGGGACGCAGAUAAUUGUGUGGACGAUGGCAUUACAAACAGAGAUUCAGUCACACUAGAGGUGAAUGUAGAUAUGCAGACAAAAGGAAAUGAGAUAGAUGUGCCCGUGAGUGAAAGUGAAGCAAACAGAAACACUGGAAGAAGAAAAAACGAUUCUGAUAUCAAUGAAGGAACUGAACUAUUAGACAACCUGGCGGAAUAUGCAUCUAAAGAGGCUGCAAGAAUGGAUCCUUUCACUGUAGAAGAGGAUAACAUCUCAGAUCAGCAAGAUGAAUCCUCAAAAUCUCCAAACAGAGCUCCAGAACAAUACAACACAAUGGAUGGAUCCGUUGAACAUGCAGAGCACAUUCAAGGUCAACAUGGCGAGGAAAAGGACAACACAGACACAGCUUGUGGGCUUCAAGAAGUAAAUGCUCAGCAGGAGGUUCACAGCUCUUCUCAGAAACAAACAAGUGAACGAAGAAAGAGAGGAGGAUCUAGUGAUAGCAAUAUGAAAAAGCGAAGCAAAACCGUGCAUAAUGAGAGCGAGGGAGACAAGCGAAUGGAAACUGUCACACGUGACAGUGGAGCAAAGAAGCAACCCAAAAGAAAUUCGAACGAGAGAGAAGAGAAGAAGAAGAACCAAAUGAAAAAAGUAACACGCGAGGGUAAAAUAUUCUCUCGUAGGAAAAGCCUUGCAGGUGCUGGUACUAAAUGGGAUUCUGGUGUGAGACGAAGUACAAGGAUCAAGUCGAGACCACUUGAAUACUGGAAAGGUGAAAGAUUCUUGUUCGGACGCAUUCACGAGAGUUUGACUACUGUGAUCGGCAUAAAGUAUGCAACUGCAUCACCAGACAUGAAGGGCAGGAGGGAAAAGCAGCGAGAUAUGAAUGUCAAAUCAUUUGUCUCAGAUGAGUACAAAGAGCUGCUUGAUUCGGUCGCUUUGCAUUGA